AAGCGCGGCUGCCUGGGCAGCGGGUGGACUCGCGCAGCUCGGGUUCGCGUCGCGCCUUCCCGGCUCCGCAGUCUCUCGGUCGCCAAAGGUCGGGGCCGUUGACUGCGAGGUUAGCCGGCGUUGCGUGUUGGCCAGGAAGAGACGGAUGGCCAGUGUUACGUCAUCUAGCAUUUUUGCGCCUACUCCACGAAGUCCCCAUCCGAUCGGCAGCUGUUCCCCGGGAUACGCGGCACCGAGUCUUUAAUCGCAUUGGACUCCUCGGGCCGCCUGGGCGGGGUGGAGGCGGGGGAGAGAGGCCGCCCUUGGGGAUCUUGGCGGGAUGUUGCGGGCAGCUCUCUCUCCGGCCGCCCUGGCGGGGGCCGGGCUUCACCUCUCCGACCGGCGACCGCCAGUGCCCGGGUCCCUGCCGCGAGGAUUGAGAGCGUGAGCUUGUGGGUCCGCCCGCGGGCCUGGAGGGCACGCACGCCGGGGACUCGGCGGUGUCGGCUCGCGGCCGGCUUCAGACAGACGAAGUCCUAGUUGUGCGGGAACCGUUACCUUUGAACGCACAGGCUGCACCUUGUUUUGCGAACUCUGUGGGCGUGUAGGGGCAGGGCAAUGGACUGGGUGAUGUCUCCCAGUUCAUGGUGGUCGUCUCAGUUACGUAGCAGCCGGCUGCACGAAGGCCCCCUACCGGGCCAGACCUCCCGAGCGGCCUGUGGUCGCAAAGCCUCGGCCUUUGCUCAUGGAGCUUGGGCUGAGCGCGGGUGCCGGGCCGCCGCCGGCCGCUGGUUCCCUUGAACGCAUCGCCCCUUGGUCUGACAUCCCCCGCCAAACAGGAGAGGCCUGAUUCGAUUUACUUCACAGGACACUUACACCAUAUGGGAACUAAAGAAGAAUUUGUUAAAGUCAGAAAGAAGGACCUGGAACGACUGACAACUGAAGUGAUGCAAAUACGGGACUUCUUACCCAGAAUACUAAACGGGGAAGUGCUGGAAAGCUUCCAGAGAUUAAAGAUUGUAGAAAAAAACCUGGAAAGGAAAGAGCAAGAGUUAGAGCAACUGAGAAUGGAUUGUGAGCACUUCAAAGCCCGCCUGGAGUCUGUGCAAGAGGACAGCGUGAGCGAGAAGAAGGAGAAACUGGCUCUUCGACAGCAGCUGAAUGAAGCAAAGCAGCAACUCUUGCAGCAGGCAGAGUACUGUACAGAAAUGGGCGCAGCAGCCUGUACCAUUUUGUGGGGUGUCUCCAGCAGUGAGGAAGUGGUCAAAGCCAUUCUGGGAGGAAACCCUGCCCCCGCCAAGGAAGCGCUUUCAAGGUUCUGCGAACUUGGAAACUCUUUUUGCCGAGUAAUGAAGACUGAAACUGUCAGAUGGGCCUGUUGCUGUAUUUUACAUGUUGCGGUUUCAGUUAAGAUUUUAUUUGAAAAACAAUUCCUGCCAAAGGAUAAAGCUUUGAAGUUUUUCAACAUCACUGGUCAAACAAUGGAGAGUUUUGUGAAGUCACUGGAUGGGGAUGUCAAGGAGCUGGAUUCUGAUGAAAAUCAGUUUGUUUUUGCUUUGGCUGGAAUCGUAACAAAUGUAGCUGCCAUAGCAAGUGGUCGUGAAUUCCUGGUUAACUCGAGUCGGGUGCUCUUGGACACCAUACUGCAGCUUCUGGGAGACUUGAAGCCGGGACAGUGCACCAAACUCAAAGUGUUAAUGCUGAUGUCCCUGUACAACGUGAGCAUCAAUUUGAAAGGCUUGAAGUACAUUAGUGAGAGUCCAGGAUUCAUCCCUUUGUUGUGGUGGCUUCUGAGCGAUGCAGACACAGAGGUGUGUCUUCACGUGCUGCGCCUUGUCCAGUCUGUGGUUCUGGAGCCAGAAGUCUUCUCCAGGUUGGCCUCGGAGUUCCGGAGUUCCCUGCCCCUGCAGCGCAUUCUGGCCAUGGCCAAGAGCCGCAACCCUCACCUGCAGGCCGUGGCCCAGGAGCUCCUGGAGGACCUGCGCACUCUGGAGCGUGAUGCGUAGGGGUGCUCAGCGCCGGCAUCUUCUCCCUGGGUCCCCACUUUGUCUUCUAAAGCCACCAGCCGUGUGCCAUGUGUUACAGAUAGCAAAUGUGAUGCCUAGAGAUGGCUGUGUAUUGAGAUGUAUCUAUCUGAUUGCUCCUGGAAGUGAACGUGCUUGUGGGUGGUUGGUUAAUCUUGCCAGAGGUGAGCCUGAGAAAGGGUCCAUUUUUCUGUGAAGACCCACGUCAGCUGCAUCCGGAAGAGGGCCUUCUCAGAGCGGCUCCUGCUGCCCAGGAGACCCUGAGACCUGUCGGUUCCCCCCUAAAAGUGGAAGGUUGAAUAACCGCCUACCCCGUUGGUCAGCGUUUUCCUGAGAUACCUUUCUUGAAAAACAAUUCAUUCACUCUCUAAUAAUUAUAAUUAAUCCCCCCCCAACCCAGUUCAAGUUUACCUUUAAAUCUUUCGGUGAACCUGCUAUUUCAGAUGAUAUUGGACAUUUUAGUUCUGUAUUUUUGU